GCAUGAAGCUCUCUCGGCUCAAGUGUGUAUUAGCCAAUCAGAUGGAUCAAUGAUGGAUGAUGGAUGAUGGAUGACUACACCUACAGUACAUACAAUUCCAUAAAUCACAUGAAUCCUCUCACACCACCACACUUAUGGGAUUUUAUUGAAUUUUUAUUUUCCCCUCCCUCCAUCUUUCCAUUUCUUGAACAACAUCAUUGUUAUUGUUACCUCGACUUCUCUUCACGAUGAGAUGGUUAAUUAUUGAAUUAUUUGCUUGCUUGUUUGUUUGUCAAUUUUCAACCAGAAUUCCUACCAUCAUGGCAUGUUCACCGAAAAGAUACUCGAAAGCUCUGUAUGCCUCAGCUCUUUCUGCCUUGGUCUAUACCUAGUAUACAAUAUCUCAUCACGAGUUAAUCCAUCCAUAGGUAGGUAGGUAGGUAGGUACAUAUCUAUCUACACAUCCUUACACCGAGAAAAAGAUGGCAAUGCCGAUGCUAUUCAUCUGCGUAAUUCAAUCUACAGUCAAUCCACCAUCAAUCAGUCAUACAAAGAAAGACCCCAGACUCAAUAUUUGACUCAUAGUCUUAUCGAUAUCAAACGAAAUACCUGGGUCCCUAGGCAAAAACGAAUUAAGAAAGCUCACCUCAGCUGAAGACAUGGAAGCCUCGAAAACAAUCAAAUCGAAUUCAUUCAAGGCAACAAUUAAAUACCAUUAAUACAAUCAUUCAAUCAUUCCAUCAUCAGUCACAUACAUCAUCUCUCGUAUCGUUCGACAAUCCAAAACUUUCCGCGUCUUUCCAUCCGUCUUGUUUGUCUUUCCUGCCUGUUUCAAAAAAAAAUGCCCGAGAGAAAGCCACAAAGGGAAAAUGAGGGAGGGAUCCGAAGGAAACGGAUGGCUGUGCUCUCUCGUACUUCCAAGCUUCUUCACCAGUGCCUCCACGUACUUUCUACAUUCUUUCUACAUUCGAUCACUUCUUAUGGGCUGUGUCAAACAAAGCACCGGAUCAUGGGAAAUACCUCGUUUCCACUUCCCGAUCAUGACUGCUCCACCGGCGGGAGCCUUAAGCUUAGUUACUUUCAUUUCCCCUUUCACCUGAUUCCAUAUCCGAGCUUCAAGGUCGACGUCACCACCUAACCUCGAUUUUUCUUAUUGUACUUGGAUGCAAUCAUUCACCGAAGUGCUAUUGUCCAUUAGCUUGUGACUCAUUGGAUUGAAUUGACCGUUUUGAGUCAAAUAACACAUCCAAAGGCAGCCACCCAUUGGUUAGAUGGUUCAACCUGUCUCCGUCCUGAACAGGUAGAGUGGGCAAUGUCCUUGUUGGGCUUUUCUGUCAAUGGUUUUGCCUUAUUUGGAGAGCUGCUGUGUACAACAGGUAACAAGUGAAUGAUUUCAUUAGUCAAUUUCUCUGUUUCUCUUGCCCUAUAAUAAUUUGAUUAUACGGAAUUUGAAACAAUACUACAAUAUUACAAUACUCCAUUCUACGCCCUAUAUACCUCAUACGCGCUAGACGCCCUUUUACGAUACAGUAAAAUCAAACCUUUCGCCUCGCACAUCAAGCACAUAAAUAUUCCGAGAGUACCUAUCCGAGGAACUUAAAUGUCAUGCUCUGAUUCUCGUGGAUACACAUACACACAAAGAGAUACUAUCAUACAUCAUCGGGAAUCUUCCCCAAGAGACUCACAAUACUCGUACGAAACUCGUUCAUCUGAUUAUUACACCGGAUCAAACUCAAAUAUGUCGGGACGUUCAUCAAGCAGUGGACAAGGUUAUGGAUCUAGAGGAAGUGGUGGAGAACAAAGUGUGAAAUAUAGAGAUUCUGCUGCAGAAAAGAAAUAUAUUGAAGGAAAAACAUCAAGAAGUGGAUAUACUCAUGUCAUCAAUCAUGGAGACAGUCACAAACACUAUGAUUCUGCAGAACCGAGGGCAGGUGAAGGUAGAGAGUGUGAUUAUCAUUCUGCACGUCAUGAGAAAAGAGAGAAAUUGCGAACAUCGGUAAUUCGUCGUUGAGUAGAAUAAUAAGGGGGAUAAGUGGUGAUUUGGAGUGAGGCGGAGAAGUGGGGGCUACGCGACGCCACACUAAGGCUACAAGGUGGAAUUGUUUUUUGAGGUGUCGGUGAGAUAGUGUGGGAUAUCUGUUAUGGUUUGUACCUUGGGUGUUAUUGGGGAUAAUGCUUCUUCAGUUGGUGUGUGUAUGAAUAUGGGAAUAGGCAUAGAUGGCGUUAAGAGAGAUUUAAAUGGACAUAGUUCUUGGAUGGGAUUGCGGGAUUGCGGGGUAUUUGUUAGGAGUUUGGGAUGGGAUAUAUGGAAUGGGAUAAGAUGGGUUACACUCAAGUGGUUUUUCUAUAUAGGGAUGGAAUGGAGACUCGGAGGAUAGAGAUGUUUAUCUAUUGAACGUAUCAACAAUUAUAAUAACUUUACU